AUGGCUGGUUCGAUUGAAAACAUGCGUGCUGUUUACAAGAAGAAUGUUUUUACAUAUGUGCCUCCGUCACCACCAGCUAACCUAAUCGAUUGCAGUAAUUUUUUCCUUGAUUUUUCAUCUCGCAAGUUUUUAAACAUCGGACUCGAUCCGACAGAUGAAUUCAACACCGUGAUUCACAUUAUAACACCAUCACGUUUUGUAAAUAUUUCCGCCGAUUUUCUCAAACGUAUUUUCCGACUUAUGGGAAACAUUCUAUCAUUUAUACUCGAACAACCACAAAAGUAUAAGCGUAAUUUAUUUUUGGAUUCUGAUUCAAUUACAAUAUCUAGUAUGGUGUACCAAGGAGAGAAUAUGCUCAUUAUAGAGUCUAAAAUUCAAGAAGGAUGUCGCAUACUGUUAAAUCGUAACGACUUAUUAAAGUUACAAGAUUUAGAGUGGUCAAUUUUCGAGAUCAUCGAGAGAAAAACCAAAAUCGUUAAACCGCUCGUAAUACAGCAAAUUAAUCAAAUCGCAUCAUACUUAAAAACAAAUACCAAGGUUGAAACUAGAACGCUUGAAGAUAUGACAAAUCGCGUGAAAAGCAUUAACAAUAUUUGCAUUGCAACACAUGUAAAUGACUACAAUUUCACAAGUCAGCUUCAAUUACAUGCAGCUGAACAUAUCGCACAAAGAUGGUUGGACGAAUAA